AUGGGCAAUUUACAGGUGGGCUGUGUACAGAUGGGCUGUGUACAGGCGGGCUGUGUACAGGCGGGCUGUGUACAGGCGGGCUGUGUACAGGCGGGCUGUGUACAGGUGGGCUGUGUACAGUCGGGCUGUGUACAGUCGGGCUGUGUACAGUCGGGCUGUGUACAGUCGGGCUGUGUACAGUCGGGCUGUGUACAGGCGGGCUGUGUACAGGCGCAGAGAACUCUACAGGUGGUCCUGAAGAUGAUCAAGCAUUACCAGGAGGAGGGUCAGGGUAGUGAGGUGGUUCAGGGUGUACUACUGGGCCUGGUAGUGGAGGACAGGUUAGAGAUCACCAACUGUUUCCCCUUCCCUCAACACACCGAGGACGAUGCCGACUUUGACGAAGUCCAGUAUCAGAUGGAGAUGAUGCGGUCUCUUCGUCAUGUCAACAUUGACCAUCUCCAUGUGGGCUGGUACCAGUCAACCUAUUAUGGAUCAUUUGUCAGCCGGGCCCUGCUGGACUCUCAGUUCAGUUACCAGCACGCCAUCGAGGAGUCUGUCGUUCUCAUCUACGAUCCCAUUAAGACCGCCCAGGGCUCCCUGUCCCUGAAGGCUUACAGGUUAACACCCAAACUGAUGGAGAUCUGCAAGGAGAAGGACUUCACACCGAGGGAUUCCAAUGCCUGA